UUCCAAUCAUUGUCUGACAUUUACCGAGUUUUGCCUCAAAAAAAGGCUGUGCCUUUAUUGUCUGGCAUGUUUUCCUUUCUGAUAAAGCCGUGUCGGCCCUUGUACUGCUUGUUGUAUAGACCGCCGGGCCAGGAUAAUGCUCGGAUCCGGUGCCUUCGACGCCUGCUCACCUUCCUGUGGGGCCUGGUCUUGGGAUUUCUCCUCUGGAAGCUGGUGGCUCUGAACUUCAACUUGGGGCGCCUGUUUGCCAACGGACUCACCGACAUCUCCGUCUUCGCGAUGUUCGUCCUGCUGACCGGAACGGCCUUUAUGCUGUCCCGUUCAACUCGCACCGUAAUUAUGCUGACAUUCGUGGCCUUGGUGGGCAAAUCCGGAAGGACAUAUCUGCGAGCAGUGGCCUUUGCCUUCAUAAUAUCGGGACCCAUUGACAACCUGGUGUCGAAUGCAGGUGAAGUGGCGCGGGUUUUCGUCUGCACCACUGUCCUCACUUACAAUCUCUCGAAAACUCGGUUCGAUUUGAUGGCCAAACCGUUUACAAACACUUUGAAGCACAUGCGUGGGGAUGUGGAGGAGAUACGCCAGACUUUUGCGGAGUUGCAUGAGGUCCUGGAAGAUCUCAAGUACGCUGUGGAACACUCGGACAUCGAGGACGAUAAAUACGGUGACCAGCAGACCCGAAAGAUGAACACAAGUGAAACAGCGGGCAAGGAGCUACCAACUGCGGAAGAAAUUCAGGAGCGUUUCCAGCGGAACAUGAGGAACCGCUGCAAGCACCAGCUGAAGAGUGGCCAUCGGGUGUGCGUGGAGGUCUUCCGGCAGGGCUAUCGCAAGUGCACUACCAAUUUCCCUCCCCUGAUAGGCAGGGCCAUCUGUUGGCCCUAUCGUGUGGACAUCAUCUGCGAGCUAGAUCUCUUUGGCAAUCCGGAUAAGAUAUGUGACCCCUCCGACGUGGUGCCGCCAAACUUUGGAGAGACCUACUUGGAGCUACUGAAGGCCGAGCAGGAACUCUUUGACAAUAGUUCACUCAUAGAGGUCAGCUAUAAGGUGAGGGACAAGGAAAUAGCCAGGAGCAAAUUAGAGUCCGCCCAGAGAACAUCGCAGGCCUUCACCAAAGAUUUCGAGCGACGGCGUCGCAGAUUCCACAGAGUUAUGGGUCUGAUCCAGAAGAUACUCUCUUUGUACAUGCUGCGGUUGGUCUGCUUAUCCAUCAGAUACUAUCUAAAGUAUCUGGGUGAUGUGGAGUUUGACAACUUCUAUAUAACCGAGUAUUUCAAGCACGUGGACCAACGGUGUAAGAAGCAAGGCACCGAUGCCAUUUUGCCACUGCGCACCUACGAGAAAAACAAAUACAUCGACGUGGACCACAUCUUUAGUCGCACCCACGAGGAGUCCACCACUGUGUUCUUCACCCUAAUCCAGUUCCUGUUGGAAAUCGUCGCGGCGGGACUAUUUAUUUGGAUAGACCUAAUGGUGAUCGAACUACUGCAGAUUAUUCGAAGGCGAUCGCUGAUCACCUAUCACCAGGAGGGCGAGCAUGAAGUGAGAUUUAAUAUAAGUGGCGUGGGGCAAAUGGCUAGACUGCUGCGCACCACCAUGCACAAUUUCAAUAUCCACGAGAGGGUCUCCACUUCGCUGACCAACGAGGAGUGCCUGCCCAAUGCCCACGUCCUGCCCAGGACCUUCUACUACCAGCUGCUGCUUCUCUACCUGGCCAUAGUCCUGCUGGCCUACCAGAGCACCACGUUCCUGCGAAUGCGACGUGUGAUCUGCAGCUUCUUCUACUACAAGCGCGAGAAGCAGCGCAUUCUCUUUUUGUACAAUCGCAUUCUGCGCAGUAGACUCAAGUCGCUCGAGAACCUGGUCCACGAUGCCGAGGACAACUUGGCCACACAUCGCAUUCAGCAGCAUGUUAAUGUCUGCAUGUGGCUCCGCAUGUCCUGUCCUCGGGCCUUCGGUUGGCUGCGGGACUUUCAGUGCGCCAAACGGAACUGCAUAAUCUGUCAGGGCUUGGAAGACUCCACUUUCACCAUUUGCCACUCCUGCGGCUUGCCCUAUUGCGACGAUUGCGCCGAGGAUCUCAACAGCGUUUGCCUGCAGUGUGGCGCAGUGCUCACAAGGAUACAAGAAGAAUCCGAUAGCAGUGUCGAGGUGUACGCCUACAGGAAGGAAAAGUGAGGUGGGAAAAUCAGAAAUCUUCAGCUUAAAUGUGCAUAAAUGCUACAUUUAAAAUACUUUUUUAAAUUAAUUGAAUUUAUUGGUACAAAAAUAUCUGAUGAAAUAGUUGGUCCAUAAGCCUUCAAGGCACUCUUUAAUUGUACCAAAGAGUGGCCUUUGCGGGACAGGUUAAAGGGCUUCCCUUUCUGGUACAAAACCCUCUAAUGACAUUACAAAAGUUUUUCUCAUAUGUGCCGAAAGCAUUUGGCAAAGUUUUCCCUUUGAAUUUGGAAAUGCUCUUCCCACUCGGGGAAUACUUUGCAAUCAUCUCCCAAGAACUUGGUCCCUUAAUCCCACUUGCACUACCCUUUUAUUAACUGUCCUUCUGUAUGAUAAUCAUAUCUUCAACCUAAUUGCCAUUUUUCCAGUCUGUCAAACUUAAUUCUCAACAUUUGGCCCCUCCAGCCACUCCCAACUACUUUCCCCUCGGCCGAUGGCACUGUCUGCCGGUUGUCUACUGUAAGUUGGAAAACAUUUCUCGUUUCUUUGCAACAACACAAGCAUCGCUCAAUUAGUUGUCCACCCUUUUGUUUGGGCCACCCUAGCUCCCCACCGCCGUCUGUUUCAACAUAAUUAUGCACAUGUCUGGUGGAGCUGGAAAACUUUUUGUCCUUAGACAAACUUUGCUCAAGCGGCGCUGAUUCGAUUAUGCCAUUGGAAAGCGAACUCGAGAAGAAUUUCAACACUGCAGCAAGGAUUAAGUUACAAAAUUGUUAAU